CUCCAACUUUUUUUUUUCUUUGGGUCGUUUUUCCCUACCUAUAUCAGCAAGUUCACGAGGAGGACUCGUCCAGAACCAACACAAUUCGAUUGCUACGAUUGGUGGCAGCUUCAUUACCUACUAAUUCCAGUCGCGUCAUUCUAAAGUAAAUAUGGCUUCUCACUUCCAAAUUCAGAAACCAUAUGUGCUGGCUACGUUGCCUCGGCCCUUUGAUCCAACAACAGGUCGCUACGUUGUUAGUGAGGUUUAUGGAUGCGCACCCGGCUCAAGGAAAAGGAAGCGCCACGAGCUUGCGGUUGGGAUUGACGGCGAAGCUAUUAAUAUUUAUAAUGUUUCUUCUGCCAGGCUUGUCACGUCAUACCCGGUCCCUCCUCAGUCCCUCUUCUCGUGUCCUGUAGCUUCUGUUCGGCGCAAAGUGGAGGGAACGCAGGAGACUUCGAGAUAUACGUUCGCAGCCACUAAGGAAACACACGAACAUAAGAUUAUCCAGUUCAAGGAUCAUGUGGACGUGUCUGGCAAUAUCCACUCCACGACUAGAUCAACAUCUCUUGGUCCAGGCCAACCGGUUAUAUAUGUUGCUCCCAUCAUCCCACCGAUUGCACAAGGGACGGCUAGCUAUCAAACGCUAAAUGAUGGGCUCCUUGUUGUGCGACGAGACGGGAAGCUUACUUAUCUUGACGCUGAGACAUUGCAGAAAAGAUGGGAUUCAUCACCCGCAUCAUUAUAUCAAGAUCUCCCGGAAGCUUCGAAAGCGGAUUUCCAAAUUGACUUUUGCUCUCCUGCGCCGUUGUCAGACCUUAUUCACGGAAUUUUCAAGGGCGAUGAUGGUGCAUUGAGCCUCUUCCCUGAUGUCAGGCAAAGCGUAGGUGCAGAUGCCGAGGUCCUGAUCCUCGUCUCAAGCUACGGCUCAAGCAGACAGCAAAGUCGUCAUCUCCAUAUCGUGGCCGUGUUACCACAGUCCCAAGCCUCGAACGGUAGCCAGCGCCAGGGUAUUGUCCAGCUCCACACUAUACCGAUUCCAUCCUUCGCAAAAGAAGAAACUAGUACAGCCUCCUACCGCCUAGAUCUUCGGUCAGGAAGUCUACUCGAGUUGCGCGGUUCUACGUUCAACAUGUAUGACUUGACAACUAGCCUUCCCAGAAUCACGUCCACAAUGGAACUCGAUGGAACUACCUCUUUUCUACGCCUUAGCAAAACCUCGCUGCUUUGCACCACGCCUACCCAUCUCAGCAUUUAUAACCCGGUUUAUCGGUCUCUCCAAAAUUCUGUCCCUGUUGAUCUCGACGCUGGUACAGGCCUAGAAGCUUGCUUUCUCGCUGCUUACUUCUCCCGCUUAGAACUCGCGGUUGCCAUUGUCGAUGCUAAUUUGGUCGCCAUCCAACUAGAAGCCCCAAUCAUGCGAACUAGGAAACGUCGCGCUGAGGGUCUUUUGAUAGAUUCAAUCGGACGCGGCGUGCAGCUCACUAAGCGGCCGCUGAUUCAUGACACCUACGAAGAGAAAGAGACGUCUGUAUUCUCCAAUUAUUUACCGGGCUCUAUCAGGGGUGAAUACUGGGAGUUGUGGAAGGCAGACGAGGCGAAAGCUGACGCCCUUCUUAACUCAAAUGAUAUCUGUGGCCUCGAGAAGCUACUAGCUCAGAAAUUUGGCAUUCAAAUCCAGAGUGAAAUCCAAACCCCGAAUGGGAUAAAGGAGGAGGAGCCAGUCUCGCCCAAGACUAAUACAAUCUCUUGGGUGUGGCCGAAGACGAGGGCAGGGUAUCCUCCCGCAGAUAGGAGAUGGAUUCUAUAUGCUAUCAGCCGGGCUUUUCAGUGGAACGAUGCCUUUCCGGACGACCCAACGAUCCCUCGACUUAUUUGUCAGUUGCCGCAGAGCGACAUCAUCAAUUAUCUUGUAGACGCUGGCCAUCUGACCUUGUCGAAUGUAAGAUCUGCGCUCCACAGGCAACUUAGAGAUGAUGAGAAAGCGGAUUCAUUUCUAGCCGAGCAGAUUGUGCUCCGACUAGCUGAUGUCGACCCUUCUCUGGAACUGCUCGUCGCUUAUAUCUCGGCCACUAAUCUUGGGGCGGUAGAACUGCUCCUUGCUGUACGAACAAUCAUGAGGAGUCUCGAGCUGGUCCAAGAUCCGAAGAAACCACCACCAAAAUUACUUACUAACUGCUCAUCCGACGAGGAAGAAAUGAAUGGAAAAGGCGAGGACGAGUCCGACUAUCAAAAUAUUGGUAUGGAACUAGACGAUCUUGAGGUUGAGAUUCAGAAGACAGUGACCUAUCUCAAUGAAGAUGCGGGCACUCGCGGCAAUGGGUUAAGCGCAGCCUUUGCUAAGCUUGGUAAUUGUCCCGGCAUUUCAAUGAUUAAAUCUUUGCGAGUAACCUUUAAGCCGGAAGAGAUCUUAUCUCUCAUCUACCUCCUUCGAGUCGAGCUGGUUAGGGGGGCUUGGACAUCUCGCUACCUAGACACAACGGAUUUUGAAAAGGAUUCCACCCUUGAUGCACCACCUGACGGCAUCGUUAAGCUACUCGCAGAUCUUCUUGGACGCUGUGUAGACGCGAUAGGUCCUGGCGGCUGGCUUCUGAACGACGCCGUACUAGCGAACGACGAGACCGGGGAUUUCAUUGCUUCCCUCAAGCUCGAGGUUAGUGCGGCCUUGGAAGGACUAGAGGAAGUCGUCUACCUCCGUAGUAUUGUUGGCGAGGCGGUGAAGUAUUGCGAAGCAUCGAAGGUGCCUCGGGCCGAUGACGUGGUAGACAAGAUGAAGCCGAUUCUUUUGCACGUUAAAGACCAUACUACUCAGGCGUUGCCUCUGGGCCUGAAAACGAAGGAUCGAAUUCCAAGUCAAAAAAUUGUGUCAGGAGGUGAGAUCGUGGAGAGGUCUCAGAGAGAGACUGGUCAUCUUAGGAGUCAACAGGUCGGACACUAUUCGCUAGAAAGGAUUGCCAUAUGAGGUUUAUCAGAUUUAGCUGAGGCUCAUAUGUAAGUUAAGUACAUAUGGGCCAUUAUGUAUAGUCGGAUCACGUUAGUACUCUAGCAGGCGUGAAAAAUGAUUCUUAUUUACAAG